ACUGCACACUAAGAACGUCUCAGGAGUCAGCCAGCGACACAAGGGCUGGAUCACAGUGUCUCUGAAGCAGCGGGAGCCCUUGAGUCAACCAUGCUUCCGCCCCGUUUCCUCUUUGUAUUGCUGGCCGCCUCAGGUGUUCAAGCUGCUCCAAAUUUUGUUGUGGAGGAUGCCGGCCCCCUCCUUGAAAACGCCUCUGAUCACACCCGAGUUGCCACAGUUACAGUGUCUCUCUCACCUCACACUUCUCUGGUUGGAGAUCCUGUUAUUCUGAAUGCCAGUCCCGCUGUGCAUCCUUUUGUGCUGUCUCAAAGAUCCUCACGCCUGUGGGAUAUAUUUAUCACUGGAGUACCCAAGCUGGACUUUGAGAUGGUAGCACUCUAUUCCUUGACAAUAUAUGCCAAAGACAACCAUGGGGCAACAGCAUCCCAGACCAUUUUUGUCAAGAUUGAAGAUGUGAAUGAGCCACCUGCAUUCAUUGGGUCUCUUGCCCAUGAGGAUCAAGUUACUGAGAUUUAUAUCACAGAAGACACUGCCCAUGGCACUAUCGUUUACAAAGCAGCGGCCAAAGACCCAGAGGAUGCUGUAUUGGAGUACUUCAUUUCCCCGGAAAGCUCCAGCUUCACCAUUGAUAGCACUGGGACAAUUUCCACAGCAACAGCUUUGGAUUUUGAGAGGGGCAUGAGAAGUUUUUCACUGGUUAUUAGAGUGGUUGAUCCUGGAGGAUUGUUUGAUACUGGAAAUCUGAAGAUUUCCCUCAUCAAUGUCAACAAUAAGGACCCUACUCUUGCCUGCAGCUUAUUCAGUAUUGAAAAUGGGGUCUUUUGUGUUACCUCCACAAACUCUACCCUGCACCACGCCGUCAACAUCACACUGGAUGAAGAAAUUCCAGUUGGGAAGAUGAUUGCAAUGUGCCAGGCAGCUGAUGAAGAUAACCUGGGAGAGCUAAUCUUUGGGCUAGAUGCAGCAGAUGAUUAUUUUGCAGUAGACAAGGAGAAGGGGGCUGUGGUUACGACUACCCGUCUCGAUGUGGACAAAACUGGGUUUGCAAGUGCUCUGUCCUUCUCUAUUAAGGCAUGCGAUGGUGACCAGAGAUGUGCAGCAAUUCCAGUGACUACCUACAUUCGUGACAUUAAUGACAACCCGCCUUUCUGUGACCAAUAUCUGAUUAGGUACACGGGCAAGAGGAAGAUUGCAAAAGACACAGUGAUUGCAAAGCUCUCAUGUCACGACCUCGACAAACCUCCUGACACAAUUCAUUAUGCUCUGGACUCUGGCCCAGUUGGGUUUGGACGACUAUUUGAGCAAGUGCCAAAUGCUGAAAAUUUCAUUCAGGUAACCAAAGAGCUGGAUUAUGAAAACCCAGAAGUGGUUGCAGCAGGACGCAUUUAUGAAAUGAUGAUUUCAGUAUUUGAUGACCUACAUCCGUCUCAUACAGUGACUGUGACAAUCCUUGUGGUGAUUGCUCCUGACAAUGAUUUCAGCCCCAAAUUUCAAGCCUCACACUAUACAUUUUCAGUUCCCGAAACAUCAGGAGCCUUCUACAAAGUUGGACAAGUGACUGCCAUUGGUGAGGACCAUCCAGCAAACUGUCUGACGUACAAGAUAAUCAAGGGAGAUGUCCAGGCUGUGCGAAGGUUCUGGAUUCACCCUAUCUCUGGAAUGAUUGAACUCACCACUCAGCCGGACUAUGAGACAGUGAGGCAAUAUAACCUCACCGUGGAAGCUGUGAAUUGCGACAGAGCUCAUCCACGCACUGCAGUGACCACAGUCACUGUUGACAUUGAAGAUGAGAAUGAUGAAGCACCUGUCUGCAUACCUUAUCUAUAUACAGCAACUAUCUCUGACAAUGUUGUUGCUGGGACAAAUGUCAAUGGUCUCAAACUGAACUGUCAUGACAGAGAUUCACAAGAUUUUGAAAUGCGCUUUGAAAUGGCUUCUGGAAACGAAAACCUUCAUUUCCAAUUAGACCCAAGUCGGGGUUCAAAUACUCCAAAGUUAAUUGUGAAGAAUCCUUUCAACUUUGCAUCUGGAGCUGAACCAUGGCAGCGGUACCAUCUUGUGGUGCAUGUAAUUGAUGACAACCUGAAAUACGGCAAAGCCGUCAAGCCCAGGACAGGAACUGCCGUCAUAGACGUCUAUGUGAUAAGAAGCAGCACACCACCUCCUCCAACCCGCUCUGAGCAAAGAAAAGGUCUGACCAUUGUGUAUACAGCUAUCAACACAUACAAAAACAGUGACUGGUAUGUCCCUUUUAUCUUCACGCUGAUGGCUGUUUUCUUCAUUGGACUGAUUUCCUGGAUGUGUUUUCUCCUUUGGAAAUAUAGAAACAUUAAGAGCUGCUCUCAGAAAAUGACCAAGGAAGUUUCCAAGUCAAAACCCAAAGGAAUGAAGUAUGUUGUAGGAGAUAAAAAUCAAAAAGGAAAAAAUGUUAUCACAGAAAGAAGAAACAAAAAGCUAGAGGUAUUAACAGAAACCACUGUGUAUGAGACUGUGUUUGAUGGAGAAGCUGUUGAUCCAGUCUCGGGGAACGUGUACUCAUACAACAGCCGUACAGGUGCAAGGAAGUGGAGGACACUCGGGCACCAGGAAGAGGCUUUUGGGAGCAUCUACUGUCUCUCAGAGGCCCGUCCCUCGGAGGAGUCGGCAGCCUUGAAAAUUCCCACGCAACAACAGUUCCUCUGACUGAUGGCAUUUUUCUGAGUGUUGCUUGGCAUGGCUACUUAAAUUUAAGCUCUAGACCUGAGCUCAGAUGCUGUGUGGAUGUUUAUAGCUUUUUACAAUCAGCUAGUUCAGACAAAGGGCAACAAGAGGCGUCAGUUCUGAGUCUCUGGCUAUGUUUUGCUGAAAACUAGAAACUAAAUCUGUAUACAUCCUGUGUCAUACCUGGCUCAGUGGGGUAUAGCUUCUUAGAUCACACUGCUGUAAGCCAGCCUAUGCUUGGCACAGAGUAGGCCUUCACACUUACUCGGUAAAUAAAAGAAUUUGAGUAUGUAAACCUACAUCCCUCGCUGUUGAUUGAGGUGGCACUUAUCCCACUGUGACUUACAGAACAGA